AUGACUUGGGCCAGUUGUUCAACGGAGGUGCUCAACCAAACCUAUCAUAUACACCAAUGUCUUUUUGAAAAAGAUGCACCGUUCGAUUUAAUACCUGCCAGUUGUGGAAACGGAUUAAUUGAUGAUGGGGAAGAUUGCGACUGCGGUUCAUUUAAAAUCUGUUCAAGGCAGUGCUGCAACACAACAACUUGCAUGUUUACUCCAGGCUCGGAAUGUGCCACAGGACUGUGUUGUGACUUCAACGCAUGCAAGCUCAAACUCGCCGGAGAGAUUUGCAGAGAGGUGAAAGAUGAAUGCGACAUUGAAGAUAAAUGCAGUGGAACAUCAAAUCUCUGCAUAGAUUUAUAUAAACGAGAUGGAACCAUGUGCUUGGUGAGUUAUUUUUUAUGUACAGAUCCACAAUUUUGA